CCGGAGAGUGGGGUUCUAAGUGAUAUUACAUAAGACAAACAAGAAAAAAACGAAUAGAAAGAAAGGAGGACAGAAGAGCUGUGUGCAUUAUUUCUUAUAUUUCAGCAUCUGGAAGACUCCCAGAGCAGCCACAAGAAGAAGAAGAAGAAGAAAUAUCUCCGCCUCCCCUCACUCUCCUCCUCUGCCUCUCCCUGAACUUUCAGCCAUCCAUGAGUGUGACCAACUCGUCUGCCUAUCGAUCGGAGCGUAGUUUCCACCAGACUUCAUCCUCCUCCUCGUCCUCUAGUAACCCAUACAUGGAGAAGAGCCGAGGACUAUUCGCUGAGGACUUUGGCUCCUUCAUGGGGCCUGGGAGCGACGCCUUGGGGUUUUCCAGUGGAGCUGGAAAUAUCAAGACUCUCGGGGAUACGUACCAGUUCACGGUUGACGUGCGAGACUUCUCCCCUGAAGAUGUCAUCGUCACCACAUCCAACAACCAGAUCGAGGUUCACGCUGAGAAGCUGGCCACCGAUGGUUCUGUGAUGAACACUUUCACACACAAGUGCCAACUCCCUGAGGAUGUUGACCCCACCUCAGUGACAUCAUCACUGGGCGCAGAGGGGACCCUGACAGUCAAGGCCCGACGACACCCGGCCAAACACGAGCUCGUACAGACCUUCCGCACUGAGAUCAAGAUCUAGAGAAGAACAUCCACAUCAGGAAACCUCUGUUUUUGUGUUUUUUAGUCAACUUUCUGUAUUUCCUGUCUUCACUUUAACCGACUUUUAAUACUCAAAGAGUUAGCAUCGUUCUUUAUGAAGCCACGUCCUCCCUCUGUGACCUCAACUAUUGCUGUUAAAUCACAUUUCACAGCACCUUUAGGUCACACCUGAACGUAUUGAGCAGUGACUGUAUAUUAUUAUGGACAACACGUCUCUAUCUUUUUCAGGUGUACAAAAAUGAAGCCGAAAUGCCCUUGCGAUGGGCGAUGACAUAUUGCGCUGGUGAAGUAAUUUGAAACCAACACCUGUGUAAAAUGGCUGUGGCUGUUGGAGCUGUGGAAUUGACGCCACGCCCCCUCCGCUAGCCAAAGCACACUAACUGACAUAUGAAAAGCCAAAAAUCCCUAAUGUUGGUUCAGUCGUCAGCGGAAUAGAUUCUUGUGGUUUUGGAAAAUUCAGUGACUAUAUUUUUAGUUUUUGUUCCUCUGCUCAGCUAAUCUGGUUAAGGACGCUGCAGGAGCCUCCGUUGUCAACUGAGCUGUCAAUCAUGAUGAUACAUCCAUUCUUUUUUUGCAUCAAACCAAAAUACUCAGAAAAAUUAACACGUUCUGUAUACAUCAGCAUAAUAAUAUCUGAACUUCACGACAGAAUCCAUGUUUGUUACAGUUUGACUCCUGUAAUGCUGGGGGAGGCUGAGUUUAUGACCUAUACAACAUCCAGUCAGCAGAGGGAGCUUUAAAUAUUUUGGCUUCACUGUGAGGCUGCUGUUGCUCUGUCCAUCUGAAUACACAGUCUAUAUUUAGUCACAGGGGGGUUGGACAUGUACAGCUACUUGCAAAUUAUAAUUAAUCAGUUCCUUUUUCCUAACUCACCUCUGAAACUGAUGUUUGUAAUUUAUUGUACAUUGUUAUUUGUGUGAAUAAAAUUAUCCAGCUUUGACAUUAAACAUCUUGCAACGUGUA